AUGAAGAGGAGGGAACAAUUAGUCUUGACCUUCUACAGUCCUGAGGUUCCCAAACUUAAGGGAAACCGGAAAUACCAAAGGCCUACCCUCCCCACCAACAAACAUCCGAGUGCCUCGAUGCCACCCCAGAGGCGGCAGCAGCAUGUGGAUCAGACACACACCUACAUCCGAAUGUUCUGUGGCAGCCUCUGUGGUUUUAGCCUCCUAAUGCUGAUCUGCGUGUCCCCACUGAACUGGGUGCAGUUCCUGGUGAUCAAGAAUGGCCUUCAGCUCUACUCAGGACUCUGGAUCUCAUGCAGCCAUGAGCUGUGCUGGAGCCACACACUCAAGCCACCCUAUUAUCUCCAAUAUUCCAGGGCCUUCUUCUUAAUCUCUGUCCUCACCAUACUAAUUGGUCUUGGCUGGCUCUUAAGCUCUUGCCUCCCUAGAAGAGGGAGCAGGACCACCAACUUGGAUCUGAAGGUAUCCAUGCUCAGCUUCAUCUCAGCCAUCUGCUUGCUCCUCUGCCUCAUCCUAUUUCUGGCACAGGUUCACUGGCACACCAGGGAUGCCAUGGAGUCAGAUCUCCUCUGGCCCUAUUAUCUUAAUUGGUGGAGUGACUUAUUAUACAUCUUUUCUGGGAUCAUCUCCUUCCUCAAUUACUUAACUUUCAGAUCUCCUCCCCUUGAUCAAAAUGUCACUGUGAUCCCCACAGAGAAGUCAAGGCUAGGAAUUGGUCCAGUGACUACAGUAUCAUCUGCUGAAAAUGAAGGGACAAGGUCUGAGAUGGGACCUUCAAGUGAUGGAGAGGAAAAACUACCAAAUGCAGAACUACCAAACACAGAAAUGUGA